ACUUACCCGGAUGCGGAUGUUGUUGUUGACUGAUGACGUUCAUCGUAGUUGAGUCUCAGGUCUUCACAGUCUGUGCUUGUCGUUGUAGCGGCAGCCAGCUGUUAAAUAUGUCGGCUAAUCUGACUGGGAAGUGAGAAGGGAUCAGGCGCACCGCGGAAACGGGGUACAGGCAAGGUGACAACGGGAAAGAGCUAGUCGUUCAGGGAGGCCAAAGUAAGAGGCUAUGAGGAUUAACGGCUUGGCGAAGCAAAUACGAAGCGUUGGUUAACAACAGGAGAGGUACUUGUCAGUACAGAGAAGAAGGAAAUAAAACCUACUAAAUCUGGGUCACAUCAGGCAUGCGGUGCUGAAUAUUAAAAAUUAGAAAUAUGUUUUGUAGAUAGCUACCUUGCUACUUUCUAUUACUAGCUGCGAAAGACCGGCAAGUCUUGUGCGACUCAUUGAGAACAAAGUGUCGGACGACGGAUUUGAGAAACCGACUAGCUGGCUAACGUUACUUAAAUAGCUAACAUUAUAUGGGUUACGCUGACUAAACAUUAUUUGGUGAUUUGUGUGCUAGGAAGACGACCAUAAGGCAAGGUUGCUAUUUAGCUAUAUAUACACUCUCGUCAACACGAUACAUUGGCAAACGUUAAUUUGGAAGCUUCAGGGAAUAGUACGUUUCGUCAAAACGGGAGGCUGUCAGAAUUACAGCCGGAUAGCAAACUUUACUCCCUAAUUUGCUAUCACUGUCAGGAUUAGAUAGUUGUGUAGCUGUAUGUAUUUAUCUCCAGAGCAAUGUGUCUUUUGUAUAGGUGCUAGCUAAGACAUUGAUUGAAUGCCAGCGUGUCACACGUCGACAAACGUGUCCAGGUGCCGUGUGACAAUCUAGACGAGGGUGAGGGUCAGACAGGUGUACGUAGGUGUGGCGAAGACGGUAACCGAGUCUAAUCUCAGGGACAGCGUUAGCUAACAGAGUGGAACCGAAGAGUGUAGUUAUUCUGACUACAGUCAGCAAUACGCCGAUCAAAUAGCAGCUGGUGUAGGUUAAUCAGUUUUACGGUAGAUUGUAUGCAGGAAGAACUCUUAGCUGGAUUACGAUUUGUGGAAGGGCGUAAUGCCGGUGUGCUAUCUAUACAUUUUAGAUAUUUAAAUGGCACCCUUUCUUGCAGAAACACUUACACCCUGUAACUGGGUUCCCAUAUCAGUAUGCAAAACAUUAUUUGACAAGGUGCAUAGUAAUUAUUAGAACCAGGUCAUAAAUUGGAGACUGGAUAGCCAGGGAACAGCAUUGGCAGUGUUGGAGACAUUACCAAAAAACUAGCAUCUCAGUUUUUCAUUGGUGGGUAGUUAAGGACCAGAGAUAAAUAUCCAGGUGCUAAACCAGGGCCAGUGACUGCAUGUCAGCCAGCGUCUGUGCACAUCAGUGUGAUGCUGUUUAGCUGCCUCCUCUGACGGACUGCGAGGCUGUAGCCAUGAGGAUUGUGUGGGGGCUCAGCCCUGUCGUGAUGCCAUCUCUGCUGCAGCUGCUACUUCUGUUACUGGGGACCAUGUGCCAACUGGGACUGGCCAUGCCAUCUGAAGAGAGGCACAGGCUGAGGAAUCAAGUGGUGGAGAUGUUCGACCAUGCUUACCAGAACUACAUGGACCAUGCUUACCCAGCUGAUGAGCUAAUGCCCCUGACGUGUCGGGGGAGGGUACGGGGCCUGGAGCCCAGCCGCGGGGACGUGGAUGAUGCGUUGGGGAAGUUUUCCCUCACCCUCAUUGACUCCCUGGACACCCUGGCGCUCCUGAACAAGACGGCGGAGUUUGAGGCCGCCGUGAGGAGAGUGCUGAAGGACGUGCGUCUGGACAACGACGUCGUGGUGUCCGUCUUCGAGACCAACAUCCGCGUGCUGGGGGGCCUGCUGGGGGGCCACUCCAUGGCCGUGCUGCUGAGGGAGGGGGGCCGCCACAUGCUCUGGUACCGGGACGAGCUGCUGCACAUGGCCAAGGACCUGGGGCUGAGACUGCUGCCGGCGUUCAACACCAGCAGUGGGCUGCCCUACCCCAGGGUGAACCUUCGCUACGGCGUGCAGGGUCCUGAGUCGCGAACAGGCACGGAAACGGACACCUGCACCGCCUGUGCCGGGACCAUCAUACUGGAGUUUGCAGCCCUGAGCCGGUUCACCGGGGACCCUGUGUUCGAGGACCAUGCAAGGCGGGCCCUGGACUUCCUGUGGGAGAAGAGGCAGAGGAACAGCAACCUGGUGGGAACCACCAUCAACAUCCACUCUGGGGAGUGGGUCCGCAGAGACAGCGGAGUUGGGGCGGGCAUCGACUCGUACUACGAAUACCUCCUGAAGGCCUACGUCCUCUUGGGGGACGACCUCUUCCUGCAGCGCUUCAACAUCCACUACGCGUCUAUAAUGAAGUACAUCAGCCAGCCUCCCCUGCUGCUGGACGUGCACAUCCACAAGCCACUGCUACCUGCGCGCACCUGGAUGGACUCCCUGCUGGCCUUCUUCCCCGGGCUGCAGGUGCUGAAGGGAGACAUCCGACCCGCCAUAGAGACACACGAAAUGUUGUACCAAGUCACCAAGAAGCAUAAUUUCCUGCCUGAGGCGUUCACCACAGACUUCCGCGUGCACUGGGCCCAGCACCCCCUGAGGCCCGAGUUUGCGGAGAGCACCUACUUCCUAUACAAAGCCACCCGCGACCCGUACUACUUGGAGGCAGGCCGCACCGUGCUGGAGAACCUCAACCGCUUCGCCCGCGUUCCCUGCGGCUUCGCCGCCAUGAAGGACGUGCGCACGGGCAGCCACGAAGACCGUAUGGAUUCGUUCUUCUUGGCCGAGAUGUUCAAGUACCUCUACCUGCUGUUUGCCGACGAGGAGGACCUGCCCUUCGACGUGGAGGACUACAUCUUCACCACGGAGGCCCACCUCCUCCCCCUGUCCCUGUCCACCGCCCUGCGCGUGCAGGCGCCCCCUGCUGGCAACGGCACGGCGCUGCCCCCCGCCGGGGAGGAGCUGGACGACUCCAACUUCGAGUGGACCUGCCCCAACACCCGGCUGCUGUUCCCCGACCCGUCCUUCCCGCGCACCCUCCGCGAGCCAAUCAGGAGCGCCGUGGACAAGAGCUGCCACGUGGCGGCCUCGCGCAGCAGCGAGCCGGGGAUAGGCCGCGCCCCCCUGAGAGCGCGGGACUUCAUGGCCAGUAACCCCGAGCACCUGGAGCUGCUGCGGAGAAUGGGGGUCAGCCUCAUACACCUGAAGGAUGGCAGGGUGCAGCUGGUGCAGCACGCUACCCAGGCGGUCAGCCCUGUGGCCGCGGAGGACGGGAUGCGCUUCAUGCAGGAGAUGAUGGAGCUGUCCAGCCAGCAGCAGAAGGAGCAGCUCCCGCCCCGCGCCGUGCAGAUCGUCUCGCACCCCUUUUUCGGCAGGGUGGUACUGACCGCCGGGCCGGCGCAGUUCGGAACGGACCUGUCCAAGAGCAGCACGGGGGUCCAGGGGUCCGUGGUGGUGGCGGAGCCAUACAGCGGCUGCGCGGAGCUCGGUAACGCCGCCCUGGUGGCGGGGCGCAUCGCCCUGCUGCAGCGCGGCCAGUGCAUGUUCGCCGAGAAGGCCAGAAACAUCCAGAAGGCGGGGGCCAUUGGGGGCAUCGUCAUCGACGACAACGAGGGCAGCAGCAGCGACACGGCGCCCCUGUUCCAGAUGGCCGGGGACGGGCGGAGCACGGAUGAUGUCACCUUGCCCCUCCUCUUCCUGUUCCACAAGGAGGGGAACAUCCUGUUGGAGGCUUUAAGAGAGUACAGAGAAGUGGAAGUGCUGCUAAGCGACAAGGCCAGAGACAGAGCAGCAACCUUAUAUAAAGGUAAAGCUCUCCCCAGCUACCUCCAGAACAGUGGCGACCCUGACGGACAGGAAGGAGACUGCACACCUGUAGAGGAGGACCACACUGCUCCCUCCCCCUCCGCACCAGUUGAGCAAUCCCAAGCCACCAUCAGGGAGGAAGAUGAACCUACUGUGGGUAAAGAGGAGCCCGGCGCGGAGGACAAGUCUGGCGAUGGUGAAGAGGGGGUGGAGCCAGCGGAGGAUGGAGACUCAAAUAGCCAAUCAAUUGACUCGCUGCUCGCUGACUGGAAGGAGGACUUGGAAGCUUUUCAGCAGAUGGAGAAGGAUGAGCUUUGACAGAUUUCUUCCCCCCCAGACUCUUAACUAUGGUACGAUCCUGCCAGGCUACAGGCUGCAGGGCCAGUUCACUGUGCCUCCUAUGGCGGGGGGAGUCGAGAAGGGGAUGACAUUUUGGGUGAGGAGCAGCAACCCGAAUCAAACCCACAGCUGUGGCCACCCUCUUACCCCUCCCUCCGCCCCCUGGUCCCAGGUGCGAGAAACAUGCAUCGAUGGCCUCCGUCUCCCCCGCCUUCUUCACACCACUGGCUGAUGCAUGGCUACACCCCCUCCUGCUGGGCAUAGACUGGAGCCCUGAACUGACUGGAAACACGAAGCACGCUCUUCACUUUCUGUUGCUUUGUCACGGUCCCUCUUUCUUUCCUCUUCCUCGUACAUUUCAGAAUCACGGAGAACGGUUUUAAAUUGUGAACGCCGCUGAGUAGUUUUAACUGGCUUGCCGAUCGAUCGACGACGCUAACGGUGUCGCGCGUGUCCCUGUGCUGUGGUGAAGGGAGGGCGGGAGCACUGCGGUAGGUGAUGUCACCGUCGCUCCAGGAAAUCUCUCUCGCUCAGGGACGCGAAGUAAAGAUGUCCCUGAGCUCUGGCUCAGACAGCGAAGUGAUGAUGCGCGGGGUGGGAUAGCGCUCGAUUAGGCAGACGCCACUUACGCCCGCUCGCUCGCCUCCAGACCAAACUGCCCCAAUCUCCAGACAGCGCGCACCGACUCCGCCACCGCGGUGACGGUCUGUCUGGCUGAUACAGGAACACCAAGCGUUCCAUGUAGCACCGGCUUACCAAGUAACCCCGGUCAGGCAGCCCCCUAGUGCAAAGAACCACAGGCACAGCACUCUCCAGAACUGUAUAGAGUUGAAAGUGAAUAUGUGUCUGCAUGUACAUGUAUGUGUCUUCUGUUUUCAAAGGAGCUGCAAAGAGCCUCUGAUUGGUCGGAUAGAUUGACCCAUGCUCUGGCUGAUGCCAUCUGUGGCAAACCAAAGUUUUUCUUGACUUCCUUUUCUGGGCAACACUGAUUAAGGCACCCAUUUAAAUUUGUGCUCUAACUAUUUAAAACAAAUUGGUCACCAUUAUAAUUUAGGCACAUUGCGAUUUUUAAAUGACAAGUGGCCACGCUAAUCCAUAUUUUAAGAAAAUUGUGCAUAAUUUCAUAAUUUAACAUUUUUAUGUGUUGCCUUUCUAAAUAACGUGAUGAUAUACACCAUUAAUAUCCUUUCUCAUUUCUACAUUUACUAUGUAUGUGCUGGUUACCAGGCAUUCUGUGCUGCUAAUAAAGUUCAGUGUUUUCUGGUUGAAUGGGUAUUGGAAUGAGUGAAUAGCAGUGGAAAUCUCUGUCUACUGAGUUGGUUAAAAAAAAAACACAUCUUUAUUUCUAGCCUUAUACAAUGGGAAAGCUGGUUUCUAGGUACACAGAAACAGUCAGGUGUGUACUGCUUCCUUUCUCUUAUAUAUGAAAGGGUUUUAACUGUAUAUCGGUGAUCUAAUCUUGCCACAGGGCCAUGUGAAGAAGCUUCCAGAAGUCUUUCUCCCGCACUCAAAUCUGAGGCAGCAGGAAAUAGGUACAGCAAUCAAGGACUCUAUUGUCAAACACUUAUCAGUGCUGUUAUUAGCACCGUUGAUUAGACAUGUGUUGCAGCAUAUUUUUUAGCGUCCUCUGGCACGGUGGUAGAUCUGAGUGUGCUACCAAUGACACGACUCUCAAGACAAGACGCACGACUAAUUGCCGUCAUUCAGUUACAGAUUUGUCAGGCAACAGGUGUAAACUUAAACUAAACCUUUGACGUAACUGUUUGGAAAAUCUUUAUUUUUAUCAAAUGUAAAAGUAAGUCUGUACCUUAACAUAUUUGGUAAAUGCUGCAGUUACACAUCCAUGUUCACUUGGCCAACAGGUCGGGUCCUGUCGACUAGUCACAGAUGAGUAACACUUGAAACUGUGAAACAGAGUGGCAGGACAAGAAGACAGUUAUGGACUGAAAAGAUUAAUCUCCACAUUGUGGGGAUCGAUUCAUAUUAGAAAAAUUAAUUAUUAGCUUGUCUGAGACCAAUGUCACCUUGCUGUGAAAAUGUGUGUUUUACAGAGCGUAAUGAUGUGUGAAGCAACUGGAAUGAAAAAAAUGAGCAGGACUUUUUAAAUAAAAGUGUCAAAUUA